AUGGGAUGGUUUACGCAAAGAUAUUGUCUCGUUGUUACUCGCAUGGCCCAAAGAUGUCUCGGUAUCUAUAAAGGAAGAUGGAACAAACCAGCAAAUGUCGAUUCGAAGGUCUCAUAA